UCCUACGGAGUUGUGCCAUUUUGUGUCACUGGAGACACUAAAUCUAUACCACAAUUGUAUUAAAAUUAUACCAGAUGCCAUAGUGAACUUGCAAAUGCUAACUUACUUAAAUUUGAGUCGAAAUCAGCUUUCUUCUUUGCCACCUUGCCUGUGUGGUCUUCCUCUAAAAGUCUUAAUUGCAAGUAACAAUAAGCUAGGUUCCCUUCCAGAAGAGAUAGGUCAGCUAAAACAGUUAAUGGAACUGGAUGUCAGCUGUAAUGAAAUCACAGCUUUGCCACAGCAGAUAGGCCAGCUGAAAUCUUUAAAAGAACUGAAUAUCAGAAGAAAUUACCUCGAAGUUUUACCCCAAGAACUAGUACAGCUUCCCUUGGUAAAGUUCGACUUUUCCUGCAAUAAAGUGCUUGUGAUUCCAAUUUGUUUUAGAAAGAUGGUGCAGUUACAAGUAUUACUGCUUGAGAACAAUCCUUUGCAGUCUCCACCAGCACAAAUUUGUACAAAGGGUAAGGUGCAUAUAUUCAAAUAUCUGACUGUACAGGCCUGUCAGAUUAAAACAGCAGACUCACUGUAUCUUAAUGCCAUAGAACAACAGCAUUUACCACAACCCGUGGAAGAAAGCAUUGAUGACAUCUACCCAAGUAAAAAGGACUCAGAUUCAGGUGUUGGUAGUGAUAACGGCGAUAAACGUUUGUCAGCAACAGAGCCGUCUGAUGAAGAUACUAUCAGCUUUAACGUUCCAAUGUCAGACAUCGUGGAAGAAGAUCAGGUCGUAAAGGAAGAUUCAGGUCACCAUGCUAACUCAAGAAAAGUGGGAUUCCAUCAGUCAUCUUCUCACUUGAUUGUCAAUGAUAAGUCAAGAGAAACAGGAAACCAGUUUGAUGAAUCAGAUACUCUUACUACUGAAUUUAUGAGUUACAUUAAGAGCAGAGCAGCAGAGUGUGAUGAACUAUUGAGAAUAGAAGAGGACACACAAUGGCAAACAGACGAAAUAAUGAAUUUAUCAGAAGAACAAACUAUUGAUAUAGCAAUGAUAGAACAACUCAGAGAAGCAGUAGAUUUAUUACAAGAUCCCAACAGUGGUCAAAUGCAGAUGGAGAUGUCUUCCCUUGGUCAGAGAGAAAAUGCUGAAGAGGAUCUAGAAUUUCAGAGAAGGAGGGAGUUGAUUAUGGAGAAAGCAAAGCCUGAAGUGAGAGCUUGUGAACAGGGUGAAAAAUGGUCAUUGAGUCAGAAUGAUCUAAUUGUUUGGAAUACAAGUGGGCAAACCUCUCACAGUGAGAACAAGGAUAAAAGCCCAACAAUGUCUCCUACUACAAAUACCACGAUCCCUUUUGGCCUGAAGCCACGAUCAGUGUUCUUAAGACCACAAAGAAAUUUGGAAUCAAUAGACCCACAAUUUACAAUUCGAAGGAAAAUGGAGCAGAUGAGAGAAGAGAGAGAGCUUGUGGAACAGCUACGUGAGAACAUUGAAACACGACUAAAGAUUUGUUUGCCUGAAGACUUGGGGUCCGCUCUGAUGGAUGGUGUAGUUCUCUGCCAUUUAGUAAAUCAUGUUCGUCCUCGGUCUGUAGGAAGUAUUCAUGUACCCUCACCCGCAGUACCUAAACUUAGCAUGGCCAAAUGCAGGAGAAAUGUGGAAAACUUUCUGGAUGCAUGUAGAAAACUGGGGAUACCAGAGGGACGGCAGCAGGUGAGCGUCUGAAAGCCUGAAGAUUCAGAAAAUGUCUGCUGUGCCCCUCAGGAGGUAUGACAGAAAAGGUGCGAUCUUUGUCACUUAGAAAAGUACAAAAACAACUUUAUUUUACACUGUAAACUGAAAACUGUCCAAUUGCUUAAUCUCCUCUGUAACAGUGACAGAAUGACAAACAGCCCUGCUUUUUGGUUGAUACAGAUUGAAUAAGCAAGGGGCAGUAGAUGUGUGGUAAGUCAGGGGUGCCUGUCCUGCUGCAUUUUUCAGAACGACGUGCAGUACUUGGAUGGCGCCAUUCACUGCAGUAGUUUGUUAAUGUCAUACGAACCCACUAAUGACACCCCCUAUACUGCUUACCCAGUCUGCCUAUAUUGCACCCACCCUCUCACACUUUCUGGGUUUAAAAAAAAAAGAGGUUUUGGGUUUUUUUAUUUAUUUCUCACUGUGUGUAAGUGUGGCCUCCAAAGUGUCAAAUGUACCAGUUCUAACGCAGUUUUACUCUUCUUGGUGACAUCUCAUCCCAGAGGUAUUAAAAAUGAUCAGAAGAGUCUGAAUUAUUAUCAUAUGACUAUGUAUGUAAAGUUAUGGAAGUAUUUUGGUUUCAACUGCUCUGUCAUAAACCCAGUAACACUGUGUGUUUUAAUAAAGACAAAACUAUUCAUAUACAUUUCUUCAACUUAUCAGUUACCACAUUAGAAUCAGUAUUCGUACUAGUAGCAAAGUAGUAGACUUUCCCAUUUUAACCUGCAAAUCAAUAAGUUAAUUAAGGUAAUCCAUAUUAGAGAGCAUUUUUUCUUCUGUACUUUCAGUAAUGUUAACAAAUGUUCCUGUCAAAAGGAAAAAAUACCUGAUUUGUGGUGGGUUGAAUGAUACUUUAUUACAAGUGAGAUUUAGACCAAAACAAAGCUGUAAAUGCAAUAUGUUAUUUGAAAGGCAAAAGUUACAAGUUUUGGUCUGCAUUUCUUCUAGUUCUCAAUUAUGAACAAAUAUGGCAUAUCAGAAGUAGGACCUUUGAAACAUUUUGUCAAAAAAGAAAUUGAACAAAGUAUUUUCAGUGUUUGUGAGCCAAAAUGCAGAAAUUAUCUUUUUACAAAGACACAAAUUAAUCUUUAUUAUCUGUAACUUACAGUAAUGUAAUAUCUUAACAGUUUAGGUACUUGAGCAUCUUUUGGCCCUUAAUGGGGUCUCCUCAGGUUAGACAAAUUCG